AUAAAAAUAAGAAGUACAUAAACACAAAUUUGAAAUAAAAGUAUUUUUUACUUUAACUAAAAAUUUUAAAAUAAUUUCAAAAUAACACAGUGCUUUUCCUACUGGGACCUUUGGAUUUAUCCUCUUAUUUACCCUAUUUCUGGCUGCUGGUAGGUAUUGGGGCAAAUUUCUGCAUUUUUCUUGGGUUUUUUGGGGUUUUUUUUGGUGACUGAGGAAAAAACCAUAGUUUUUGCCUCUGUAAAAAGGUGUUGCAUUGGGAUAUUGUGGCACUGACUAAAACCUGGGAUUAACACCAAAAAAACCCUAAGAAAAGUGAGGGGAAAAGAUUACUGUAGGCUGGAAAUUGGUGGUUGUUCCAAGCAGUAGUCAAAGAGUCUCAAACCUGGAGGAAACAUAGGUCUAGAUGGUGUAAAAGGGUACAUUAGGAGUAGGAGGAUGGGUUUGCAGGUGAAAAAGUCAGCAUAAAAUAAAGUAACAAAAUAAAUUUCAUUAGCAGCCACUAGGAAAUCCAGAUUCUUACCUUCCUUGGCAGGAGCUGGGCAACCCUUGACCACACUGGAUCUCUUUGCCCCAGGAUAAAACAGAGGCCAAAUAUUGUGUCAAAACCAACAGAAUAAGUCACAUGGAGCAACAGGCAUUUCAAGUCACUCCCAGCCCAUAUUUUGGGGAAGAAACACCAAAUGUCACCUGUCUCCUCUCCUCCUGCCUGUGGCCACACUGACCACCUCCCAACAUGUUUCAACUUCACAGUCAAAAGGUUUAUUUAAAGGUUUUUUGAAAUGAUUAUUUAUUAAUUCUGCUUUCACAGAUAUUUAGCACAACCACCAAACUCACAGAUGUUUCUACACCUCCAGGUAUGCCGCCUCUUCCUGGCUGCAGGACACCCAUUUCCUCACCACCUUCCAUUUACAAGGGUAGUGUGUAGAAUACAUACAUAAAUAUAUAUGUAUGUACAUAUGUACAAACUAAAAAGCAGAUAAAAGCCCCAGCCAAUACCAUUUCCUGGAGCCAGAUGCAGAUGUGAGUGAGUAGUUCACAAGGCAAGGGGUUGUCCAAGGACAGUGUCACUUUUGGGCUGCCCCUGGGACCUUCUGAGCAACCAUGGCUGGGGAAAUAGUUUAUGCAGAUUUAAGGCAUCUUGGGGAUGGUUCUUCUGCUGAGAAACAUCGUGCACCUGCCUUCUGUCCGUGGUGGCACAGGCUCCUUCUCAUAGCUGGGGGGCUGGGGCAACUCAUCCUGCUGGUCCUGGUGGUGGUGCUGAGUGUGCAGGUCUUUCAGGGCUCCCCACAGCCAGCGGUGACAAGCAUUCCACAGCUAGACAGUGGGAUCCAGGGAAGGAACCAGGGGGAGCAGUGCAUGUUUUCAUCCCUGGUGCGGUAUUUCUGCAAGCCCCGAGGGGACAGCCCCACAGCCUAUGCUGGCUCCAAGCUGUGUCCCCAGGACUGGCAGCUCCAUGGGGAAAGAUGCUACUGGCUUUCUGAGGAAUUGGGAAACUGGACUCAAGGCAUGAAAAGCUGUGAGAACCAGGACUCCCAACUGGUGGUGCUCCAGGACAAGAAAGAAAAGGAGCACAUCAAGACUGUUACAGGCAAGAGCCCACCACCAGUGUGGAUUGGAUUAAGGUCACAUCAGAAGGUGUGGAGAUGGGUAGACAACACACCUUUCAACCCCAAAAUGCUUGGCACCUCUCUGCACGAGAUGGAUGAAGGGUGUGGGACACUGAGAGCCAAGGACUUUGAAGUUAAUAGAUGUGAUGCUGAACACAAGUGGGUUUGCAAAAAAAGGCCUUUCCUGCUCUGCUCUGUGACAGCAGAAGAUGGAAAGAGAAGGGAUGCCUCCAUCUGAUAAACACACACCCUAAAAUGCCCAUCCCACAAGACACUUGCUGCCAAUAUUUGGGAUGAAAUAGCCCCAUCCUCACAGUUACAGCUUUGCAGGAGAUUUCAGGGUUUGCAAAUCCUCUUACCAUGAGGAUCAAGACCAAUUUUGGGAGCACAGAUGAACCUCUGAGCUCGAGGAUCAGAAAGGCUCAUGCCUCAGGCACAGUGUUGAUAGAGCUGUGGCACCAAUAAAAAUUUAUCAAACUGGUUUGCUUCAAUUUAUUAAAAUAACACAGGCAAGAGCACAGGUGGCACAUCAUGCAAAGUUCAUAUAUAAACAUUGCAAAUUUCAACUCAAAAAAGCUUUUGUGACUGACAGAUAUUACCAGUACGCAUCUCAACAGGUACAGCUGAGAGUGUCACCACACUGAUGCAGGCAACCGGGUAGAUGCAGGCAGCUGGGUUUUGCUCAAGUUUUAAGGAUCUGGAAGGGUUUAUUUUUCUUCUGAGUUGUUUUUUCUGUUGUUGUUGUUGUUGUUGUUUUUUCAUUGUUUUGGGCUUAUUUGUUGUUGUUGUUUUGGAGAGGUUUUCUUCAGCUCCAAAUUUGGAGGGAGGGGAAGGGGAAGGGGAAGCGGGAUUCUGUGAGAUUUGGUUGAUAUUCAAGAAUAUCAACCAAAUCAACUCCUACAAGAUCAAAAAACUCCAUCACAUCAGGUAGGAAAUGAAAGGCAGCUGGAGACUGGAACAAGUAUGCUGCUCCUAACACACAGGAGUGAAAGUUGGGACAGAUUAUGCAAGAGGAGUACAGAGCUGUUUUGAUAGCACCAGGAAAGCCAGAGCCAGUCUGGAGUUGAAUCUAGCAACAUUUCUGUACAUGAAGGGGAACAAAAGAGAAUUGUAUGUGUAGCUGUAGCAAACAGCAAAAGGAAUAAAAGGACAGCUAGGGAAAAUGUAAACUCUUCCUGGAUGGGGUAGAGGUGCCAAUAAGAAAGAAUAUGGAAAAGUCUGAGAUAUUCAAUACCUUCUUUGCCUCCAUGCUUUCUAGUAAAACUGACCUUGAGGAAUCCCAAGCCCCAGAAAACAGAGGAAAGUUUGGAACAUGCCUAGCCCUCCACGAAAGGAAAAACAGAUUAAAGAGAGCUUAAACAAACUGUACAUAUAUAAGCUCAUGAAGCAUAAGAGGUUGGACCCACAAAUGCUGAGGAAGCUGCAUGAUGCCACUGCAAGUCCACUCUUUAUUACCUCUGAAAUGUCAUGGCAACUGGGAAAGAUUCCUGAAGAGUGGAGGAAAGAAAGUAUUACUUCUUUCUUCAAGAAUGGCAACAGGAAACAUCAAGGGUACUACAGGCAGAGCAGCUUCACCACAAUCUCUAGGAAGAUAAGGGAACAACUAAUCCUAGAAGCCAUUUUUCCAAACAGGCGAAGGACAACAUAGUAAUCAGGAAUAGUCAAUAUGGAUUUGUGAAGAGGAAGCCAUGCUUGACUAACCUGAUAACUUUCCACAAUGUGGAUGAUGUAACUGUUUUGAUGGAUGAUGGGAGAACAGUAGAAGUUGUUUACCUCAACUUCAGUAAGACUUGUGACACUGGCUGCCCUAACAGACUCACAGAACAGCUGGGGAGAAAUAACAGAUAGCACUGUUACAUGUUGUGGCCUGGCUGACUAAAGAACUGCCCUGCAGAAAAGGAUUUGAGGGUUUUGGUGAACAACAAGCUGAUCAUGAGCCAGUGAUGCAAGCUGAUGGCGAAGGCAGCCAAAGCCUCCUAGGCAUACUAGGGAGGGAAUUGAAAUCAGUGUGGAGGGAAGGUGGUCUUUUAUCUCUACUCAUCACUAAAGCCACACAUGGAGCACUGUGUUCAACUAUGAGCUCCCCAAUUCAAGAACUAGAUGGACUUACUGGACAGUGAAAGACUACAAAGAUGACUAGGGGACUGGAACGUCUUCCAUAUGAGGAAAGCCUGAAAGAGCUAAGACUGCUCAGCCUGGAGAAGAGAGGCUUGGGGGGUGUUUUACCCACAUGCUUAAAUACCUGAGGGGUUGGAACGAAAGGUACAAUGCCAGGCUCUUUUCAGUGGUGCUCAAAGACAAGGGGCAAUGGGCACAAAUUAAAAACAAUGGAAUUCCAUCUGAACGCAAGAAAACACUGUUCUACUGUGAGGCGGGUCAAACGUUGCCCAGAAAGGUUAUAAGACAUUCAAUGAGCAGCUGGGCCUGAUCUUGAGCAACAAGUUCUAGCUAACCCUGUGUGAGCAGGUGUCGCCCUGAUUUUGUAAGACUUUGUUAAGCCUUCUGAUGUUUACAUUCUUUCAACAAACUUUCUCACACACAGUUCUGUAAAUAACCUAUGUUUUGCAUUCUUU